AUGGAAGGUGUUCAGACUGUUGAUUCCGUGUCAUCGAGCGACAAGCCCCGCGCCGAUGCGGAAGCCCCAACCACAAAAUCCAAGUCGCAUCGGAGAUCUCGUUCCAACAGUAGCCCGGCUACCCCGGCGCCACCUGCGGCCACACCAGAAUCGAAACAAGUCCCCAAGAAGGAUCUCGCUCCAGUAGAAACAAAACAACCACCAGCCGAGAAGACACCGGAGAAAUCUGAGGAGUCAAAACCAUCUACACCAGUUUCAGCUUCGCGGAAGACAGACCCGAAGCCGAUCGGACGACGAAACUCAUGGAUAUCUAGUCUGAGCUCGAAGUUUUCGUCUGGGUCGACGCCCCCGUCGCAAUCCAGUCUCAAGGCCAGUCCUGCGAGUCCGAAAACGACAACUCCUCUCGAUACGCACAAUCCGUUUGGCGCGGCCUACUCCCCGAAGGACAAGGAAGAAGAAAAGAAGGACGAGAAUAAUCCUUUUACUUCAACAUCGCCGAAGGGGCCAUCGUUUAUUCACAAUGCAUUGCGCAAAUUCUCAUCCAAUUCCGGUGGAUUGCCCAAGCUGAACCCGAACGACUCGAUCUGUCCUCGUCGCGUGAUGAACAUUGACCAAAGUCGACACCGGUGCAAGGUUGCCGACUUGAAGCAGGCUAAAUUGAACCGUGUGGCGUUUUGUGUAGAUGUUGAAAUUGCGGGUAUUUCCCAUUUGGACGACGACGAGGAAGCCCCUCCGACGAACCAACUGCGACAGCCACUACCGGAAUCCAAUAGCCAAAAGGCCAAGAAGGUGGAGCUCAAAAACAAGGAGCACGAGGAAGCUGAUGCUCUGAAACGGCCGCAAGCUACACUAGCUGAGAAAGAUAGCGCUUCCCCAGCCCCUGCGAAGGCCACGGAGGCGAAAAGCCAAACCACACCCAAAGAGAAAUCAACCGGCACCUCCCCUCCCAAUGGAGAAACGACCGACCCAACCAGGAAACAGGAGAAGAAGAAACGCUCGGAGGCGGAACGCAAAGAGCGAAAGGAGAGGAAGCGUAGGCAAGCAGUGGCAAACGGCUCAGUGCCAUUGCAACUUGACGGAGCGAGUGAUGAAGAAGACACACGCGCGACAGUCGCAGGUGCCCCCACGCGGUCCAAGACGCAGAGUCACCCAACCACAGACCCGGUGCGAAUAUACCGCCGUUGUUGCCAACUCCGCGAAACGCCCGUCCUCAAGAGAGUGGUUGAUGAGAUUUCGAAGCCUUCAUCUACACUGGCCGAGUCUCCUGGAACAGUCGCAGCUCUUGAUCUUAGCAACUUCCCGAUGACAUCACAGGACCUGACAACUUUUAGCGACUGGCUUGCCGUUGUGCCAGUCCGCAAACUCAUUCUCGAAAAUUGUGCACUAUCAGAUCAGUCUGUGCGAUCGAUUCUUGCAGGCUUGCUAUCCACAAAAACGAUAGAGCAGAUGCGCUAUCGACGCAGAAAGUCAAGAAGACCCGAGUCAUCGGAUAUUGAGGGUCAGGAGAGAUACGGUGUCGUUGAGAAAUUGUCAUUGAAAGACAAUCCAAAGAUUGGACGAGAGGGAUGGCGCCAUAUCAGUCUAUUUAUCCACUUGUCCAAGUCACUGAAAGCCAUUGACCUUUCAGGCAUACCUUUCCCUAAGGGUCAAGUUGCGAUCGAUACAGCCCAAGAUCCCACUACUAAACCACAAAUACCCACGGCGGACGUGAGUAUUGUUUUCGCCAGUGCACUGGCGGAGCGCUUUGGCGGUGAUCAUCUCGAAGAGUUGCUCAUGAGUGAAUGCAAUCCCUCAAUUGAAGCUGUCAAGCAAAUUUGUCAGGCAGUCACCAAGAUGGGUCUGCGCAGACUUGGUUUUGCGAGCAACAGCAUGACGAGAGAGAGCCUGGAGCAUGUGGUAGAGUAUCUCAAGGCUGGCCAAUGUGAAGGCUUGGAUCUGGGUGGCAAUGCCAUCAAGAAUGACCUUGAUCUGAUCACAAAGGCGCUUGAGCCGGAGACACCACUUUAUGCAUUGAGUCUGGCAGACUGUUCUUUGAACCCGUCAGUGAUUUGUCCGUUGCUCCAAUCUCUUGCCCAGCUGCACAAUCUUCGCUUCAUUGAUUUCUCCCAUAAUCGGGAACUAUUCACGGCGCAACCUGACGCUCUUGGCGCAUUCCGUCGCUUCUUGCCUAAGAUGACAUCGCUGAAGCGUUUCCAUCUUGCUGAUGUCAACUUGACACCAGACCAUGUGAUUGGUCUUGCCGAGGUGCUUCCAGAGUGCCCCAGUCUCUGCCACUUGAACAUUCUAGAAAACAAGCAGAUCGUCGAGCUAGCUUCAACCACAAACCCUGUCACCCAAGAAGAGGCAUGUGCGGUAUACGCGUCAAUGAUGGCAGCGGUGCGCGUCUCGCGAACUAUAAUUGCAGUCGAUAUCGAUAUCCCCAGCGCCGAAAACAACGAGGUUGUCAAGGCUCUGGCGUCUCAAAUUGUGGCCUACUCACUUCGAAACCUUGAAGGUGGUGCCAUUGCUGAAGAACUCUCUGAUUCAAUUGUCCCUCUUGGGACCAAGGAUGUUCCGGUGCCUGAUAUCCUGCAGCAUAUUGUUGGUCACUCUGCUCCAUCCGAAGAGCCCUGCGACGAGGAGGAUGAACCGGCCCCAGAUGAAGAUUAUGUCAUCAGUGGUACAGGUGUUGUUAAAGCAUUGGGUGUUUGCCUUGGCAAUUUAGAUCGCCAUGGACUUGAUACCCCCGGUGAGAUGUCUGUCCCGGCCAGUGGCACUACAACACCCAGGCGUCGCAAGUCUCGGAGUGUUGUCAGCAAGAGACCCCGAGACAUGUCAAAGGAUUUGCUGGAAUCUGCACGGAAUAUCAGAACCCGUAUCCAAUCAGCUCUCAUCCGGGAGGAUCGUGCUGGCAACGAUGCAAACUAUCGCCGCCUGCAGUUCCUUGAUUUUACCCUGCAUAGGAUGAUCCAGCGUUUCGAAGACGAGUAUCCCGAGACCCGUAUCAACCCACAGACUGAGUCAUUGCCUUCCAUCCCUGCACCUGACACCAGUUCACAACACUCAGGGGAGGACGGGACUGGCUAUGUUACUGCUGGAAACAUGACUAGCAGCCAAAUUGAAGAGAAUGGUGCCGACGAGGAUGACGGCGAAUAUGACACCCGCUUGUCCCGCGCCAGCUCCAUGACCUCACUUCACUCUCGGGCCAUGACAUCCCAAGAAGGCCAUAUUCACCGCAUUGGCCAGAACCUCCGCCGCGACUUCCUGAAGCCAUCACUGGUCCCCGGCGAUGGUGACGAAGAACUCGAUAAUGAAGACACCUCACACAUCACCGCUCUCAGGCAGAAGCUGGAACGUCUACACGACGAACAAUCUCUAUCUCAAUUCGACAACUUCGAUACUGAUAGAGCCUUCGAUCAACUUGGAACAACCGUCGACGAACUCUGGGCCGCGCAGCAGCAAGACGCCGAAGGCUUCGAGCGAUUCAAGCAGUCCCAAAUUGCUGCACAGUUCAACAGUGGUCUUCGUUCUAGAGGCAAUGCAGAGCCCAGGAAAGAUUCCGAAGAAUCACCAACUAAAUCCUAA